AUGAACACCGACUCUAUCCCUUCGGGCCUCCAACCCUUCUCACAACUCAAGGCGGGCCCAACUACAUCCAGCUCCAAGUCAACAGCCGUGCCAGCCUCCCCGACAACUACUGCCCCCUCGCAGUUUCCUAACCGGCAGCAGCUGAAGAACAGCGGUCGGGAUGAGCAGAUUAACGGAUCAAGUGACAAAGCUAUAGCUGCCCUGGUUCGACGCGUGCUUUGUCCUCAGUCAGGAAACUAUGGCGGUGCCACUUCACCGUAUGCUCCGGAGGAGCUGCUACCGCCGCUUACGAGCUCGAACGAUGUGGACCGUCAACUCUACGCUCUCGUCGCCAUGAUCAUCAAAGAGUUCAUCUCCUCCUGGUAUUCAAAAAUCACGUCGGAUCAAGCUCUUAUCAACGAAGUGCUCCAACUGAUCGCGCAUCUCACUCGGGCGCUUGAGCAAAGACUGCGGGAGACGGAUAUUGCGCAGCUGGCUCUGGACGAUAUUCCUGCCCUAGUAGAGGCGCAUAUUAUCUCGUAUCGCCUAGCCAAAGAGCAGUCGAACUUGAGCGGGUUAUCACCCUCUUCCCGCGAGAUAUACCAUGCCUUGAAUCCGCACCCAGCCCUCUCGCCGGCUCCGGUCACUUCGGACAUAGAUUCAAUCACGCAGCAGCGCGACAACGAAGAGAUAUACCGGCGAUUAUUGGUGGAUGGCGUUCUGGCUGUACUUCUUCCUACCGAGGACCUCGAGAAUGCGUGUUUGCGGACUUUGCUGAGCGACAUCCUAUCCGAUCUCAUUCUGGGAAAUCAGAUAAGUGACAAGGUAUGCGAAGGCUGGUUCUUGUGGGACAGUACGACAAAGCUGCUGGAUAUGCUCUCAAGGGAUAACGACGGACGUGGGCAUGGCGCGACACAGGCAGAGAUACCUCGGCCAAACCAGUUACAGCAAUUUGGUCUGCUUUCAAACACAGACGGUGAGAAUGAUCAGGCAUCUCCUACUACUCAAUCACGGGUCUCACGCUGGAUAUGGCAAAUCCUCCAGUAUGGAUUUUUCGCAUACGUGACUCUACGAUUCAUCGUAGCUGGGCUGUUUCGCAAUGCGUCCACACCGCCAGUGAUUCCAAAUUUGCGCUCUCCAGUGGACGAGUCAUCUGCGAAAGACGAUGGCACAAGGAAGCGCCCGGUGCUUGACUAUCGACUGUUUGGCAUGCUGUCGCAGUUGCUGGAUGUCCCACGGCGGAUGCCAUGGUUAGGAGGACUGUUAGCCCUCUUCCAGUACUUUAUCCUGGCGGGUCCAGGAAAAGUGGGAGACACAGGGAGUGUGCUUGAUAGGUCUUGUACUCCAUCCACAUGGUCCGGACUUGCCGGUGUCUUAAGGAGAGAACCGGAAAAACCAAAGGUGGUCGACUCUCGAAUUGAUGGGUUGUGGGCGAAUAGCCAAGGGAGCAAACCGCGCUUCUCACUCCGGCCGAUUUCAGGCGGUCAUUGGAAGAAAGUCGAAGGACAAGCGGGACGUCAAUGCAGCGGAUUUACAUUGCACGCAUGCUGCAUCGAUCACUUGAUCUGCUGGUGGAUGCACGGCGCAUCCUUCGCGAUAGCAACAACGGGCGCUCAUUCGCCGAGGCUUCUGUGUGCUUAUGGUUGCUCAGGAGUGAUUGGACAGGCCCGGCCCUUUCCGUGCCGUGCUGGAACCAGACUUCGCUGCCCAUCACCGCCUGAAGAAGCAGGCUCCGGCCCCUUAGAAUCUUCACGCGAUCGGAGACAGGACAAUCUCGGUCUUGCCGAUCAGGAGUUGGCGGGAGCGACCACCCCUAGUCGACGUUGGCGGAGAUAUUUGGCAUCAGAAUCACGGACACCUCUUGCGGAAAUGGCCUUUUCUUAUUCCCUCGUCUUUUCCCCGAAUUUCACCUCUGCUAGCGAGAUUCAGCCAAGGUUCCUCCACGAAAACAUUGAGGAGUAUGUCAUCACCCCCGCUUUGUUACCCAAUCUCCUACAGGCAUCGCGGGAGGCGCUUUUCCCGCAAAAUCCGCGCCCGAAGCCUGAACCGAGCGUCAGUCGCGGUGAGGUGCUGACGUCGACCUCAACGCCUACUCUGCCAACGCCUGGAGCGCCGUCAUCCAUCAGUGCGACACAAACGACUGCCGCCUCUGGCGGCACGACAAUAACGCCGUCUGAUAUUGCGACAACGGUGUCGCCGGAUCAGCAGCGGCAUCCCUCACCAGCCGAAGUCGCCUCAAUAAGGCGAAAAUGCGCACUUGGCAUUUUGUCUCUGGUGCCUCGCCCAAUCGCGCGCCGCCUGUUUGGUGUUCCGGCAGAGGUUGGCCCUAGGCAAAUAUCCUCGUCUGUUCAACCGCGGGCCCAAUCUCCGCACCAGUCUCAGACGUCCGGGUCUGGCGCUAGAAUGGAUCGUCUUUCUUCGUCGCCUUCGCAUUUGUCACCGUCGUCGGGCGGUACUGGCAGUGGCGACGACAGUGGCAGUAACGUGGAGGAGCCGCUCCUCGCUUCGGCAAUCGAGUCCGAUAUCCUAGAUCUCUUCGCAGAUGAGUAUUGCAACAAGCACCUCGUCUACUCGAUCAUUGAGACUGUGCUCGCGAGGCUCCUGCCUGAGUUGUCCGAUCGUAGUAUCGCCGAGCUCAUGGAGGACAGGGCCGUUCUUGUACCUGCUGCGUGA